AUGGCAGCCCCCAGGAUACGCUUGAAUCUUUUGAUAGACAAUAAGAGAAAGCGAGUGCUGUUUGCCGAAGCAGGCAAGGACUUUGUUGAUUUUCUCUUGGAAACUUUCACCCUGCCGGUCGUAACUGUCACCAAGUUCCUAAAGAAUGAAGGCAUGCAGUUAGGCAACUGCUUGGAAAGCCUGUACGAGAGCAUUGAAAACCUGAACGAUACUUGCAUUCUGCCAGGCUACAGUAAAGAUUUAGUUUUGAAGCCCAAAAUAGUAAUGUACGGUGGUACAGACUCCAUCCUCUUGCCAAAGGUGGAGUCCUAUACGUUCAAGAAAUUCUACAAGUGUUGGAACAAAAUUAAUUGCAGCGGCCGUGAUUAUCGCCUGUCUUCUCAAUAUGGCGGACGUUGUCAAACAUGCAAGUCAAACUCUAUGAAGGACGAGGUAAGGUUUGAAGAGCUACUAAGCGAAAACAAGACGAUCGAGUACUGGUAA